GGAGGUGGAGGCGCAGGGCGCGGGGUUGCACCGUACUAGCGGUGCCCGCAGAGGGGAGGAGGCGGAGGAGCUGCGCGGCCAGAGCGGGAAAGAGACUAGCCUCAGUGUCGGAGUUGUGGCGCUGCGGCAGCUCGGCUCCUGGGGCUGUGAAGAGACGGGGCGUCUGCUGUCCCAUCAGGUUCCCAUAAGAGCGACCCGCGCGAUAGGAAAGAGGGUGAAAGAUGGAGGGGGAGGGCAGCGGCAGCGGCGGCGCGGGCACCAGCGGGGACAGCGGCGACGGCGGCGGCGAGCAGCUCCUUACUGUCAAGCACGAGCUGCGGACCGCUAACUUAACAGGACAUGCAGAGAAGGUGGGAAUUGAAAAUUUUGAGCUGCUGAAGGUCCUAGGAACUGGAGCUUAUGGGAAAGUAUUUCUAGUUCGUAAAAUAAGCGGCCAUGAUGCUGGAAAGCUGUAUGCUAUGAAGGUUUUAAAAAAGGCAACAAUAGUUCAGAAAGCUAAAACCACAGAGCAUACAAGGACAGAACGACAGGUUCUGGAGCACAUUAGACAGUCGCCAUUUUUGGUGACAUUGCACUAUGCUUUCCAGACAGAGACCAAGCUUCAUCUCAUCUUAGAUUAUAUAAAUGGUGGAGAACUUUUUACUCAUCUUUCUCAAAGAGAGCGUUUCACAGAGCGCGAAGUGCAGAUCUAUGUUGGAGAGAUUGUGCUUGCCCUGGAACACCUGCACAAGUUGGGGAUUAUAUACCGUGACAUUAAGCUUGAAAAUAUUCUACUUGAUUCUAAUGGCCAUGUGGUGCUGACAGAUUUUGGUCUGAGUAAGGAGUUUGUGGCUGAUGAAACUGAAAGAGCAUAUUCCUUUUGUGGAACUAUUGAAUACAUGGCACCAGAUAUCGUCAGAGGGGGUGAUUCAGGACAUGACAAGGCAGUUGACUGGUGGAGUUUGGGUGUUCUAAUGUAUGAGCUACUAACUGGAGCAUCACCUUUCACUGUUGAUGGAGAAAAAAAUUCCCAGGCUGAAAUAUCUAGGAGAAUCUUAAAAAGUGAGCCUCCAUAUCCCCAGGAAAUGAGCACAAUAGCUAAAGACCUACUUCAGCGUCUUUUGAUGAAAGAUCCCAAGAAGCGACUGGGAUGUGGCCCACGGGAUGCAGAAGAAAUCAAAGAACAUCUCUUCUUUGAGAAAAUAAAUUGGGAUGACUUAGCUGCCAAAAAAGUGCCCGCACCAUUCAAACCAGUGAUCCGGGAUGAGUUAGACGUGAGUAACUUUGCUGAAGAGUUCACCGAGAUGGAUCCCACCUACUCUCCGGCAGCUCUGCCGCAGAGCUCCGAGCGACUCUUUCAGGGCUAUUCCUUCGUUGCUCCUUCUAUUCUCUUCAAGCGUAACGCAGCUGUCAUAGAUCCUCUUCAGUUCCAUAUGGGAGUUGACCGUCCUGGAGUGACAAACGUUGCCAGGAGUGCAAUGAUGAAGGACUCACCGUUUUAUCAACACUAUGACCUAGAUCUGAAGGACAAACCUUUGGGAGAAGGAAGUUUCUCAAUUUGUCGAAAGUGUGUACACAAAAAAACUAACCAAGCAUUUGCUGUCAAAAUAAUCAGUAAAAGGAUGGAAGCCAAUACUCAGAAAGAAAUAACAGCUCUGAAACUCUGCGAAGGACACCCCAAUAUUGUGAAGCUACAUGAAGUUUUUCAUGAUCAGCUUCACACAUUUCUUGUGAUGGAGCUUCUGAAUGGCGGAGAGCUGUUCGAACGUAUCAAGAGAAAGAAGCACUUCAGUGAGACCGAGGCCAGCUACAUCAUGCGGAAGCUUGUGUCGGCCGUGAGCCACAUGCACGACGUUGGAGUGGUGCACAGAGAUCUGAAGCCUGAGAAUUUAUUGUUCACUGAUGAAAACGACAAUUUGGAAAUUAAAGUGAUCGACUUUGGAUUUGCACGCCUUAAGCCCCCUGACAAUCAGCCCCUCAAGACGCCGUGCUUCACCCUUCACUACGCAGCGCCGGAGCUCUUGACGCACAAUGGCUAUGACGAGUCCUGCGACCUGUGGAGCUUGGGUGUCAUCUUGUAUACCAUGCUGUCAGGGCAGGUACCAUUCCAAUCUCAUGACAGAAGUCUAACAUGCACCAGUGCAGUGGAAAUCAUGAAGAAAAUUAAAAAGGGAGACUUCUCCUUUGAAGGAGAAGCGUGGAGGAAUGUAUCCCAAGAGGCUAAAGAUUUGAUUCAAGGGCUUCUUACCGUUGAUCCAAAUAAAAGGCUGAAAAUGUCUGGCCUGCGAUACAACGAGUGGCUUCAGGAUGGCAGUCAGCUGUCCUCCAAUCCUCUGAUGACUCCAGACAUCCUGGGGUCGUCAGGAGCAGCUGUGCAUACCUGUGUUAAAGCAACCUUUCAUGCCUUUAACAAAUAUAAGCGAGAAGGGUUUUGCCUUCAGAAUGUGGAUAAGGCCCCUUUGGCUAAGAGGAGGAAAAUGAAGAGGACCAGCACCAGCACAGAGACUCGCAGCAGCUCCAGCGAGAGCUCCCGCUCCUCCUCCUCCCACUCCCAUGGCAAGACAACGCCCACCAAGACACUGCAGCCCAGCAAUCCCACGGAAGGGGGUAACCCAGACACCCUCUUCCAGUUCUCAGACUGAGUGCUGCGGGUGGUAGGCUGUCCUCGCUGGCCCCUGCACCUCAGCUCCCUCAGCAUGUGCUUGAGGUGUGUCUGUGCUUUAAAACAUGCGUCCCGCUGUUCUCAUUGGAAUCUGCCUCGUAUGAAUGUUUUUCGGGGAAAUCUAUUUGGUUAUCCUUGUCCAAAAGCACUGGACAGACAGCAUUACUGUGAAGAGAGGACACGUGAUAGAUACGUUUUUGCAGACUAGCAUGAUGCCAGCUCAAGAUUCUUCUUGAAAGAGCAAAGGUUUCUGUAACUUUAGUGACUGGUGAGAUAAGUCACAGAAUUUCACGUCUGCCAAGAAGACUUGAAGACUUGUGCCAUGCCUGGCGGACAAGGAAGAUUCUUAAGAGACUUGCACCUUUUGGGUAGUGAUUUACCAGGGGGAAAGGUCUGUUUUCAGAAAGAUGCUAUAAUGAAUUUUGUGUGGCUUGUUUCUUAAAAGAGAAUUUAACUUAUUGUUUUUAUGUUAUGAUCAUAUAUGCUGAUAAUCUGCUAUUAUUAAUCAUUUUCUAAAAAGUGAAAAAAGUAUUUAAUAACUUAAGGAGGUCCUGUGCUUUGCACCUGUGACCCAUCCGAGAUGCAUGCUAAGCUAUGUUUGUUUUUAAUUUUGCACUGCUCUUUCCUGGCAGUUUGUUUAAUGGUUAUUGCAAGAAUUAAGGUACAUGUCUCUGGUUUUAUGUAAUAUGGCACUUUAUAAAAUAGUGUGAGUAUUGUAGUCUAUCGCGGAAGGUGCACUGUGUAAAGCAUAUGUACUGUAUUUUACCAUUCUUCUUCUUAUCCACUCUGUCCUCACGUCUCUCUUCUGCUUCCUAGGCAGCAAGUAGAGAGGGACAUGUUGUCUAAUGACUCAUUAGCCACUUAUGCACCAAUCUGAGGAGCAGUAAAGGGAAUUCUACUCAGCACUGUGCUUCUUCACAUCUGUACACUGUGUGCACUACAGUGAGCCUCCUCCUCCUCCUGUAGGCAUAGAUUAUGUACAUAAUAUUUUAGAACCAUAACCUAUACUUGUUUUAAAAUGUUUCUGUUAAAUUUUAAAACCACAAAGCAUUUUAUAAACUUAUGCAGAGCACUUUUAUUGCUCAAAAGUUCUGAAUUCAUACAGACAAGUGCUAUGCCAUGAAGAUAUUUCAUUGAAAGACUGCUACAUUUUAAAAUACAAACUAAUUAAUUCCCUAUGCAAAAAAAAAAAAAGAAG